UGUAUAAUUGGACAGUUGACGAGGUGGUUCAGUGGCUCAUUACCUACGUAGAGCUGCCACAGUACGAAGAGACCUUCAGAAAGUUGCAGCUGAGUGGACAUGCCAUGCCCAGGCUAGCAGUGAACAAUGCUACCAUGAUGGGAAGUGUUCUGAAAAUGACAGAUCGAAGCCACAGGCAGAAACUGCAGCUGAAAGCUCUGGACACGGUGCUGUUUGGGCCUCCUCUCUUAACUCGUCACAACCACCUGAAGGACUUCAUGCUGGUGGUCUCCAUCGUCAUCGGAGUGGGUGGCUGCUGGUUUGCCUACAUCCAGAAUCGCUAUUCGAAGGAGCACAUGAAGAAGAUGAUGAAAGACCUGGAGGGACUCCACAGAGCUGAGCAGUCUCUCCACGACCUUCAAGAAAGGCUGCAGAAGGCGCAGGAGGAGCAUCGCUCUGUGGAGGUGGAGAAGGUGCACCUGGAGAAGAAACUGCAAGAUGAGAUCAGCAUUGCCAAGCAGGAGGCACACCGGCUCCGAGAACUGCGGGAGGGCACGGAGAAUGAACUGAGCAGGCAGAAAUACGCUGAGCAAGAACUGGAGCAGGUGCGGAUGGCACUCAAGAACGCCGAGAAGGAGCUGGAGUCCCACUGCAGCUGGGCUGCGCCUGAGGCCCUGCAGAAGUGGCUCCAGCUGACCCACGCGGUGGUGGAGGUCCAGUACUACAACAUCAAGAAACAGAAUGCGGAGAAGCAGCUGCUGGUGGCCAAGGAAGGGGCUGAAAAAAUUAAAAAGAAGCGAAACACCCUGUUUGGAACAUUUCACGUUGCUCACAGCUCAUCUCUAGAUGAUGUUGAUCAUAAAAUCUUAACUGCAAAGCAAGCGCUGAGCGAAGUGACAGCUGCGCUGCGGGAGCGCCUGCAUCGCUGGCAGCAGAUAGAGCUGCUCUGCGGCUUCCAGAUCGUCAACAACCCGGGCAUCCACACUCUGGCAUCAGCCCUUAACAUUGACCCUAGCUGGAUGGGCACCCCGCGGCCUAACCCCUCGCACUUCAUCAUGACAGAUGACGUGGACGAUUUGGACGAAGAGAUCGUGUCUCCCAUGUCCAUACAAUCUCCUGCCUUGCCCAGCACAGUUCGCCAGCGCCUGGUGGACCCACAGCACGCCCACGGAUCUCAGAGGUUGGUAGAGAGUUACGUGCAAGGCCAGAAUGAGUCGGGCCAACCUGCCCAUUACCGGGCAGGCAGAGUCUCUCUCCGUCGAAUGCACAGCCUCUCCUCUGGACAGUCUUUCAGUUCCGACCUUCCCGGCACCAGCCCAUCAUCUGCUGCCACCACCUCCUCUUCCACCUCUUGCUCCUCAUCCACCACCACUGCAUCUGCUCCUGCUUGCCAUGUCCACCCUCUCUAUUACCAUCACACCACCUCCUCUUAUUUCCUUCAGAUGGACUCCAUCCCCGAUCUACCCCCUCCUGAUGUCACCUCUGGAGUUCGCUGUCGCACUGAGAGCUUUGG